AAAUAUUUUUACAACAAACCAUCAUCAUGCAAAUAAUACAAUUCUUGCGCACACUCAAAAACAAACAGCUAACAAUCGAAACAAAGGAGAAAACAACCGUGAAAGGCAUCCUUUCAAAAGUAGAUAAGAAAAUGAACCUGCACCUGCUUGAUGCAACCGUAAAGGAUGAGGUUAUUGAGAGCUAUUUUGUCAAGGGAACACGGAUUAGAUAUAUUAUUGUAGAGGAGAGUGAGGUGUUUGGUGGGGUUGAGAAGAGAAAGUGUGUGGAUGAUGAGCGUAAAAGGAUGCGUUAGAAGCAAUUUUUGGCGUGUUGAUGGGUGGUUUGGCAAUACCUGUAUUUGAUCGUUCAAACGUACAUAUCCUGCGUUUGAAUGAUGUAAUGCGGUCCUGAGAUGCACAGCGGUUGGUUGGUACUAAUACAACGGUAAUUAAAUACUCUGCAAAAUUUUACGCAUUGUUGUAUUAAGGUCGAAGAGAAAGCUGUGUCUGUUUUACACUAUUAAAAUG